AUGGCGCCUUCUCUCCACCCUGCCAUUGACAAUGGUAUCACCAAGGGUGAUCCCACCUUCCCCGGUGGUACAUUGCGCUGCCGAUGCCCCUCCAAGCAGGUUGUCGUCUCUUUGAAGAGCAACGUCGCACACAACCACGCUUGUGGCUGCUCCAAGUGCUGGAAGCCAUCCGGUGCGCUCUUCUCGGUUGUCGGUGUCUUGCCCCGAGACAAUGUCAAGGUGGAGGAGAACGAAUCAAAACUCCAUGUGAUCGAUCCCUCUGCCGUGAUCCUCCGCAACGCAUGCAAGGAAUGCGGUGCUCAUUUGUUCGGGCGAAUUGAGCGUGAUCACCCCUUCCACGGCUUGGACUUUGUGCACGUAGAGUUGUCAGAUCAGAAGGGAUGGCAAGAGCCGCAAUUUGCCGGGUUUGUUUCCUCAAUUAUCGAGCAGGGAUUUAACCCGGAGGGGAUGGAUGCGGUGCGCGCAAAGUUUAACGCCGAGGGAUUAGAGACCUACGAUGCCCUAUCCCCGGUUUUGAUGGAUUCGAUUGCCGCAUUCACAGCCAGAAAGGCUGGCGUGAAGUUUGCGAAUCUGUGA